GGGUGGGGUGCCGGCCCGCGGCGGGAGCUGUCCGAGAGACCUGGUGCUGAAGUAGGUGCGGACGUGCCUGGUGCCCGGCGCGUAGUACUCGGCGCCCAGUACCACGGCCAGCGAGGACCAUGGCGUUCAUGGUGAAGACCAUGGUGGGCGGCCAGCUGAAGAACCUCACCGGGAGCCUGGGGGGCGGCGAGGACAAGGGGGCCGGGGACAAGUCGGCGGCCGAAGCUCAGGGGAUGAGCCGAGAGGAGUAUGAGGAAUACCAGAAGCAACUGGUGGAAGAGAAGAUGGAGCGGGACGGGCAGUUUAUGCAGAGGAAGGCAGAGCGGGCCACACUGCGGAGCCACUUCCGGGACAAAUACCGGCUGCCCAAGAAUGAGACAGAUGAGAGCCAGAUCCAGAUGGCAGGUGGAGACGUGGAGCUGCCCCGGGAGCUGGCCAAGAUGAUUGAGGAGGACACCGAGGAGGAGGAGAGGGCCUCUGUCCUCGGGCCACUGGCCAGCCUCCCUGGCUUGGAUCUCGGCUCACUCAAGGACAAGGCUCAGACCACACUGGGGGACCUCAAGCAAUCAGCUGAAAAGUGCCAUGUCAUGUGACUGUGUCCUCCGGGGUUGGCCGUGGGGCUGGCCGGAGGGCCGGGCCACGUGCGAACCAAGGGCAUGCCUCCCAGAGACCCACACCGCAUCCUGGCCUUGUUUCUCCUGCCCAGCACUGGCCUCAGGACCAGGCCCCACUCAGCACAAGCCUGCUUUCUGUGUUCCCCCUCUCCACUGAGAACAAAGUCCCCAGUCCUUACACUACCCACCCUUUCUAUUCAACCAGGAAGCCUCCCAAGAUGGUAAGAACAGGCCAUGGCCCCAAGUUCCUACACACAGAAGCAUCCAUAGAGAGACGCACACAGCGGGACAUGGAAGCCCUAGCAUGUGCAGAGGCAUACGCCACAGAUGCAUCCUGGCACACACACAGACACACGUGCACAGCCGGCUCCCCUGUGGGCCUAGCCCCUCUAGACACCAAUGCUCAGAUAUGCUUAAAGCCGUCUUUGGGAGGGUCCCCUCAGCAGAAAGGAGGCCUGAGUUCGUCUCCAUAUUUAUCCUCCUUGAAAGCCACUGCUCUUUCUGGGCUUUAACUCAUCACCUAUAAAAUGGAGAUAGACUGGGUAAUUUCUAAGACUCUUUCUAGCUUGGCCUCCUUGGCCCUCAGAGCCAAGCCCACACCCCUUCUUGGGUAGGUCAGCAGCUGCAGCCAUAGCCUCAGGCAUCUGCCAGUGUACUAUGGCUCCGGCUCCUAGUUGCUGAGCGAUACUGUGUGAGGGACCCAAUGCCAAGCAAGAAGCUGGCACCAAACAAUAGCCCAGGCAGCUCUAGGCCUCUGGGCCCAGGCCCAGGCAAUUUCUGUUCUGUUCCCAUAAAUCUCCCUCCAGAUUCUAUAGCUGAAUCUCCUCUCUCAGCUCAGUGAAAAAUAAAAAUUCCAAGUGACAUACCUGUCUUCCUACUUCU